CGAUUCACUCGCGAAUCUGACACCGGUCUGUGAGGAAGCAGCUGCAACGGGGUGUGUGUCCGUGUUGUGUUUUCAGCUGUUGCUUGUGUGUGUGCGCGCGUGUGUGUGUGUGUCAGUGUGUGUGUGUUUCACCGAUGGAGUCGAACAGUGUGGCGUACGGAGCCUCGCUCGCCGGAGCGGGAUUCGAUCCAGUCAAAUUCAUCAAACAGCCUCAAACUAUUAUACGGUUCCUCAGCUGGGUGUUUGCCAUUGUGGUGUUUUCCACCAUUACCGCCGAGGGUUAUGUGAACAGCAGCGUUGAACCCCAGGUGAAGUGCGUCUUCAACAGGAAUGAAGGGGCUUGUCAUUAUGGCGUGGGCAUCGGCGUCAUUGCCUUCCUGGCCUCCUUCGCCUUCCUAUUGGCUGAUGCGCUCCUGCCUACGAUGAGCAAUGCUCAGGAGAGGAAGUAUGUGGUGAUGGCUGAUCUGGGCUUCUCAGCUGCCUGGACGUUCCUGUGGUUUGUGUGUUUCUGUCUGAUGGCGGAUCAGUGGUCAAAGACCCAAGGCACCAGAGGUAUCCCUACAGACGCCGUCCACGCCGUCAUCGCCUUCUCAUUCUUCUCCAUUGGAUCGUGGGGAGCGUUAACGUACUUCGCCCUGAUAAGGUUUCGUCAGGGCGUCACAGACGUGACCCAGAACUACACCGAUCCGCCAGCAGACCCCACAUCGCCGUAUCCCACCACCUACACGCCGCCCACAUAUCCGUCCUUCCAGAACACCGGUCAAGACAUCUUCCAGCAGCCGCCCAUCUCACCGAACCCUGACCCAUCCGGCCAGAGCAGCUACCAGCCACCCGUCUACUGACCUCUGACCUGCACAGAAACCUGAAACACAACACCAGGUCACAUGACGCCCCAGGCAGCCAAUAGGAGACUGUUUGGCAUUUUACAUGUGGCCUUAAAUGUGUAAAUAUUCUGUUUUUUUAUUUUUAUUUGGCUGUAAAUGAGUUCAGAUUUGCACUGAUGAGCUGGAAUAAAACGAUAAGUUAUUGUGGAGCAGGUCUGUCGCUCACACUGGAAUCACAGCAGCGUUUGUGUGUUUUGUUAACGUUUUCCCAGCUGAAUGAGUAGGAAUGUGGCGGAAACAAAAAGAGCCCAUUGACCCCGUUUACUAAUUGUGUUAGCUGUGCGAUUCACUUUAGAAAUGUGGUAGAGUUACCAGAUUACAUCCAGUCAAGCUGCAAUUGAGGUUUUGGGUUGUAAAUAAGGCUGUUAUGGUGCUUUUAUUUGCUUCCAAAUCUGAAAACAUCUGGUUGAAUGUAAAAACUGAUUCUCAAGGGACUGGUUUUGGAUGUGAAAAUGUUCACUGAUCCACAUAAACACACUGUGAUGCUGAUCUCUGGUGCUGUUUGUUAUGUUUUCUGGUUUACCUGCCUUACAACAUUGAUUUGAUGAAUUUUAUCCAUUACACAUGUUCAAAUCUUUUCAGAAAUUGAUUUAUUUUCAACGUUUGUUUGAUUUGCAGUUUGCUUAAUAGGUUUAGCAUUUGCUUUUUGUGCAUCUUCAGAUUACAUUUUUAUUUUAUUUUGUCUUUAAACUCAGUUUUCUCAGAAUAACCAGAUUUUUUAAGUGCAGCUAAAAACAAAAACAAUGCUUUGUAUUCUAAAUAAAAAUGAAUAAAUGAAA